AGAAUAGAGAAGAAUCCUCCAAGGAAAGGCUCUCUCAUUUCAAAACUCUUUCAAGCUUCUUCUUCUUCUUCUUCUUUUUCUCCAACUCACUCUCUGACUCUGCGCAAGUUUCAACGCCCUCCUCACUUUCAAAGUUUUCAAGUGUGAAUGUGUGUUUGAUAGAAUCAGUAACAAACUAUUAAAAUGGCGUAUCUACUCACAGCUUCAUGCCCUUCAGUUAUCUCCCUUAGCAGCAAGAACUCUGUUAAACCGUUUGGUUUAAACCAAACCUUCUUCAACCCUCCUCAAGUCCUUUCAAGAACUUCUCUCAAAGGACUUCUCUUCCAAGACAAGAAACCAAGAAGACGAAGUUGCUGUUUACCUAUUAGCCAACAAGCACCACCUGAAACAUCUACCAACAACAACAACUCAUCAUCAUCAAAACCAAAACGUGUUAUGGUCAUUGGUGGAGACGGUUACUGCGGUUGGGCUACUGCUCUCCACUUAUCCAAAAAGAACUACGAAGUCGCCAUUGUUGACAACCUCGUGAGACGUCUUUUCGACCACCAGCUUGGACUUGAGUCAUUAACUCCUAUAGCCUCCAUCCACGACCGUAUCAGCAGAUGGAAGGCUUUGACAGGGAAAACAAUUGAGCUAUACGUUGGAGACAUCUGUGACUUCGAGUUCUUAGCUGAAUCCUUCAAGUCUUUUGAGCCUGAUUCAGUUGUCCACUUCGGUGAACAACGGUCUGCUCCUUACUCAAUGAUCGACCGUUCAAGAGCUGUGUUUACACAGCACAACAAUGUCAUAGGCACUCUCAACGUCCUCUUUGCUAUCAAAGAGUUUGGAGAAGAGUGUCAUCUCGUGAAGCUAGGGACGAUGGGUGAGUAUGGAACUCCGAAUAUCGACAUUGAGGAAGGUUAUAUAACGAUAACACACAAUGGUAGGACUGAUACGUUGCCGUAUCCGAAGCAGGCGAGCUCGUUUUAUCAUCUUAGCAAAGUUCAUGACUCGCACAACAUUGCUUUUACUUGUAAGGCUUGGGGGAUCAGAGCUACUGAUCUUAACCAAGGAGUUGUUUAUGGUGUGAAGACUGAUGAGACUGAGAUGCAUGAGGAGCUGCGUAACCGGUUGGAUUAUGAUGCUGUGUUUGGUACAGCUCUUAACCGGUUCUGUGUGCAGGCUGCUGUUGGUCAUCCACUUACGGUCUAUGGUAAAGGUGGUCAGACAAGAGGCUACCUUGACAUAAGAGACACGGUCCAAUGUGUUGAGCUAGCUAUAGCGAACCCGGCAAAGGCUGGUGAGUUCAGGGUAUUCAACCAGUUCACAGAACAGUUCUCAGUCAACGAACUGGCUUCACUGGUUACUAAAGCUGGUUCAAAGCUUGGGCUGGACGUGACAAAGAUGACGGUGCCUAACCCCAGAGUUGAGGCGGAAGAACAUUACUAUAACGCAAAGCACACAAAGCUGAUGGAGCUUGGACUUGAGCCUCGCUAUCUCUCUGAGUCACUUCUUGAUUCGUUGCUCAACUUUGCUGUUCAGUUUAAGGAUCGUGUGGACAGAAAGCAGAUCAUGCCUAGUGUUUCUUGGAAGAAGAUUGGCGUCAAGACCAAGUCUAUGGGCGCCUAAUAGUAGCUUCUAUUGUAUUUUAAACCUUCACUAGCUUUCAAUAAAUAAGUAUGAAGAGUUUCUGAUUAGUCAUCUAUUUUAAUAAUUAAAAUAAUGUUUGAUAAUAUUUGGUGUAUUAAAUAUUAGAGAAUUAUGUUCGUAAAUAAUGUUUAAAACAUUAACUAAAUAAUUUAUUUAAUCUUUGAA